AUGCCGAAGAAUGCUGGUGGACUAGGCUUUCGCGAUAUUGAACACUUCAACGAUGCUCUCCUAGCAAAGCUCGCUUGGCGCUUACUCAAGCAUCCUGAUUCGCUACUUGGCCAGAUCAUAUUAGGAAAGUAUUGUCGACAGAAUGAUCUCCUCUCAUGCUCUUCCUCGGGAGCCAUGUCACACGGUUGGAGAGGAAUUCUAGCUGGCCGAGACGUAAUUAAGAAGGGAUUAGGCUGGGCAGUGGGCACAGGAAAGGACAUCAAUGUGUGGAGUGAAAAUUGGCUCUCAACGGGCGAAGUAUCACGUCCCAUCGGACCUCCAAAUUUCCAAGAUCAGGAUCUGACGGUGCAAGACCUCAUUCUUCCCUCAACGGGAGAGUGGAAUGUUAGCGCCAUAAGAGCCCACCUACCUCAGUAUGAGGAUACAAUCCGACUGUUACAGCCUAGUGCCUUUGAGAUGCAAGACACCUUGGUGUGGCUGCCUGAGAAGUCGGGAUCAUAUACCACAAAGUCGGGUUAUGCGCUGGCAAAACUACAUGGUACUUGUCAAGAAACAGAAGAGGCUCUACACCACUUUAACUGGAAAACGUGUGUCUGGAGCAUAGCAACAUCUCCUAAGCUAAAGCUCUUUCUGUGGAAACUAUCACACAAAGCCUUAUUGGUGGGUGACGCUCUGGUACGAAGAGGCAUAAAUGUCAAUGGGGAGUGUAAGAGGUGUGGAGGAAGAGAAAGUGAAAUCCAUGCGUUCUUUCAUUACCAUUUUGCUGCAAAAGUGUGGGAUCUCUUGCCCGCUCUUCAAAAGCCCCUCAGUUCCACUGCAACAAUCCCACAACUUCUUGAAAGCAGCAAGCGUAUUAUCAAUCUACCUCCCUCGGGUGUCUCGCAGCCGUUAUACCCCUGGGUAUUAUGGAACCUAUGGACUAGCAGAAACCAGCUCCUGUUCGAAGACAAGACCUAUACAGAGCUGGAGGUCCUCAACAAAGCUAUCCGAGAUGCACGAGAAUGGAGUUGGGCUCAACCCCUCAGCACGUUAAAAGCUACGACUAAACUAGCCCCCCCACCGAUGAUAUGCAACAAUCCCUCUAUCUUACUCUGUUUUACAGAUGGUGCUUGGGAUGUAGGCUCGAAGAAGUGCGGGAUGGGGUGGACUUUCAAAGACAAUGCGGGAUUGCUUCUGGCGCAAGGUUCUGAUGCAAGGGGCUAUGUCAAAUCCGUCCUAAUGGCAGAAGCUCUAGCACUGAAGACUGCGAUCUCGGCUGCAAUGUAUUUAGGCUUCCUCAACCUGAGGUGCCUUUCAGACUCUAGUAGUCUCAUCUCUCUGCUCACUACAGAUUCCUCUGUCACUGAGCUCCAAGGGAUCCUCCACGACAUCUGCGUGUUGAGUUGUUCCCUUUUAUCUAUUUCUUUUGCUUUUACGCCUCGAGCUUCAAACGUAUGUGCGGACGGUUUAGCCAAAUCAGCCCUACGUUUGUUUGUAAACUCUGAUCCUCUAAUGGAGUAA